AUGAGCACAGAUUCAACUCUCUCAGUCAGUGGGACUGAAUUGACAACGUUGAAUGGAAAUGACCAGACCUCUGAUUCAAGUGUGGAUUUAGAAAUCUUGAUCCUGAACUUACUGACAAUCAUCAUUGCCCUAGUGGGGCUGGCAGGAAAUGCUGUUGUCCUCUGGCUCCUGGGCUUCCAGAUACAGAAGAAUGUUUUCUCGGUCUACAUCCUCAACUUAGCUGGAGCUGAUUUUCUCUAUCUCUAUUUCCAAUCUAUUUACUCUCUGGUUUGGGUCAUUGACAUCUCGAAUUUCAUCCCCUUUGAUAUCCCAAACAUUGUCUACACCAUGUUGACCUCUACCUAUAUUGCAGGCCUGAGUAUUCUCAGUGCCCUUAGCACUGCCAUGUGCCUUUCUGUCCUGUAUCCCAUUCAGCACAGCUGCCACCAGCCAAAUAACAUUUCAGCUCUCAUAUGUGCCCUGCUCUGGGCUCUGUCCCUGAUACUGAGCAUCUUGAAACAAAAUUACUGUGGUAACUUCCAUUUGUGUUUGCAAUUCGGUUCCAUGAUUACUGCUUGGCUCAUUUUCUUGCUUGUGUUUCUGUCUGUGACCAGCCUCACCUGGCUGGUUAGAUUAUGUGUCUCCAAAAGAACGCAGCUGACAAGAUUAUAUGUGACCAUGGGGUUCACAUUGCUGGUCUUUCUUCUCUGUGACUUACCCUGGGGCAUCAACUUGUCCCUCUUAAACUGGAUUCACAAUAAUAAUAUAUUCUCCUACAAAUUUAAUAGACUUGCAUAUGUACUAACCUGUGUCAACAGUUGUGCCAAACCCAUCAUUUACAUCUUUAUUGGCUCCUUUCAUCAGCAGAAGCAGCAUCAAAGGCAGAACCUCAGGUUGGUUCUGAAGAAGGCUUUGCAGGAUGUUCCUGAUGUGGAUGGAAGCCAAGGCAGUGCUCCUCAGGAGACCCUGGAGAUGUUGGAAAGCAGUCAUUUGUCCUAA